AACGCUUCUUAGCAACGGGCUCCUGAAGCGGAAGAUCAAGAGUAAACAGAAGAAGACCGAGUCAGACAGAUGGAUGAGACGGUGAAACCCCUGAGGAUUCCUCCACAGAUGUCAGUGUACGCCGACAAACACACCAUUUUCCACCUGGUGCAGAGCAUGGUGUCCAGUCUGGUGAUUGAUCAGCCUGAUGAUCCGAUCCCCUACCUGAUCGGUCUGCUUCAGAGGAGCAGUGUGGACAUUCCCAGGAUCAUGCUGCUCGGUCCUCCAGCUGUUGGGAAACACACUGUGGCCAAAAAGCUGAGCGCUGAGCUGAGAGCUGUUCAUGUGACCACAGACACUUUACUGCAGGACCAAUCAGAGCUGAGCGUUCAGGCUCAGCAGCACACACUCACACAGCAGGAGCUUCCUGCUGAACUGCUGAUCAGACUGAUUGAACAGAGACUGACUGAGGUCGACUGCUUCAACAGGGGCUGGGUGUUGGAGGGAAUCCCUCAGACUCGCCUGCAGGCUCUGGCUCUGCAGCAGGCCGGAGUCAUCCCCGAACAUGUUGUGAUGUUGGAGGCUCCUGAUGAUGUGCUGUUGGAGAGGAGUCAGGGGAAACUGGUGGACCCACUGACGGGAGACAUCUACCAUCAGACCUUCAUCUGGCCACUCGAUGACAUCAUCGCUCAACGUCUGGAGAAGGCGCCGGCCCUUUCAGAGAAGCAGCGAUUGGCUGCGCUGCAGCAUUUUCAUUGUGAGGUCACAGGGUUGAGGUCAGCCUAUCAGCACGUCCUGAAGAUCAUCAACAGUGACCAACCACACACCGACGUCUACCAACAAGUGCUGGCUUUCGUCCGGACUCGUCGUCGCUCUAGAACUCCCAGAAUCCUCCUGUUGGGUCCGCCGGGGUCAGGGAAGAGUCACCAGGCCAGACUGCUGUCAGAGAAAUACAAGAUGGUGGACGUGUGUUGUGGUCAGUUGUUGAGGUCUGUAGCAGCUGAUGGUUCAAGUCUGGGAGAGGAGAUCCAACCAUACCUGGAUGAUGAACGACCAGUUCCAGACUCCCUGGUUCUGCAGGUUCUGGACCAACGUCUGAGCCAAGUGGACUGCAGCUGCAGAGGCUGGAUCCUGCACGGGUUCCCCCGAGACCUGCAGCAAGCCAAGAGCCUGUCCCAGCACCAGCCCAACAGAGUUUUCUUCCUGGAGCUGACAGAUGAUGUUUGUCUGGAGAGACUCACUCUGAGAACCAUGGAUCCAGUCAGUGGAGAGAGGUUUCACGCUGUGACUCGACCGGCUCCCAGCUCCCAGGUCCAGAACCGACUGGAGACCCGACCAGAGGACGACACACACGCUGUGACACACACUCUGGACCAGUACAGGACACACACUGCUGUUCUGCAGUCUGUGUAUCCAGAUGCGGUUCAUAUUGAUGCUGACCAGGAUCCCCACUCUGUGUACGAGGCUCUAGAGAGCAGACUGAAUAUUGCCUGACAGCAGGACUCACCUGGACUCACCUGGACCCAGGUGAACUCAGGUUGUGGAGACAGACAGAGGACACAGAGAGAGAGAGAGUCCUCUUCCUAUACUGAUCUAAACUACAUGUUUUAAUGUUGCUGGUUUGUUCACAAUAAAAUAAAAGUUCAGUUUUUUCU